AUGCCUGAAAGAACAAAUCAGGGUUUGUCUAACAGUCGAAGUAGUGGGUCCAAUAGCUCGGGCAUCAUGAUGGUUGGCCCUAAUUUUAGAGUUGGUAGAAAAAUAGGCAGUGGUAAUUUUGGGGAGCUGAGAUUAGGGAAGAAUUUAUACACAAAUGAACAUGUUGCCAUAAAACUUGAACCAAUGAAAACACGGGCCCCACAGCUUCAUCUCGAAUACAGAUUUUAUAAAAUGCUGGGACAAACAGAUGAUUUUUUUACGUCAGAGGGCAUUCCAAUAAUAUAUUACUUUGGUCCUUGUUCCAAGUACAAUGCCAUCGUCCUUGAACUUCUUGGCUCAACACUCGAAGACCUCUUCGACCUCUGCGAGAGAAAAUUUUCUGUAAAAACUGUCUGCAUGAUCGCCUAUCAGCUGAUAACUCGGAUGGAGUACGUUCAUUCGAAGCACCUCAUCUUCCGAGAUGUCAAACCAGAGAACUUCCUAAUAGGUCGGCACUCGACGAAGAAGGACAAGAUCAUCCACAUCAUCGACUUUGGCCUGGCCAAGGAAUUCAUCGACCCCACAACGCGCAAGCACAUUCCAUAUAGGGAGCACAAAAAUCUUACAGGGACCGCACGGUACAUGAGCAUCAAUACACAUCUUGGAAAAGAACAAAGUCGACGGGACGAUUUAGAAUCUUUGGGUCACAUGUUCAUGUACUUCCUACGGGGCAGUCUACCGUGGCAGGGCCUCAAGGCAGACACCAUAAAGGAAAGGUACCAGAAGAUCGGGGAUACCAAGAGGGACACACCUGUCGAAGUUCUCUGCUCCGGAUAUCCAGAAGAAUUUGCGACAUACCUUCGAUAUACUCGGCAGUUGGACUUUUUUGAGGCUCCAAACUAUGAAUACAUGAGGAACCUCUUUGCUGAUCUCAUGACAUCUAGUGGUUGGACCAUGGAUUGGCACUUUGACUGGGAAAGCAGAUUUAACGUUAGUUGCUUCUCUAUACAAAUACCUACAUAUACAAAUACCUGCAUAUACAAAUAUCUACGUAUACAAAUACCUACAUAUACCAAUACUUACAUAUACAAAUACCUACAUAUACAAACACCCACCUACUUGGAAAUAUAA